AUGUCCUUACCAGGUCAUAGUUCUACUAAUCCUUUCUUGACAACUCAAACUCAAACUGAAUCAAACCACUUUUCUCUUUUGCAAUCUUAUUCUCUCACAUCAGAAACAUCUUCUCAAAGUCAAACUACUUCAUCAUCCAGCCAAACUCAAUUCUCUUACUAUAGACCUAAAAAACGAAAGAUCGAUGUUUGGUCUAUCAACGAUUCCGUUACUGUUCAAGAGUAUCAUCCAUCAUCACGCACAGCAAGGAAUUCGAUUACAAAACGAGGCUCCCUGGAACUGCCAUUUGACUUGACUCAAGAUGAUGAUAAGAACUCUCCAGCUCAUGCAACCCCUCAACAAGGGGAAGACCACGUCAAAUCGAAAUCACGGGGUAGUAAACGAAGGAGAAGAAGAAUCACAAUCUCUCCUAGUCCUCCUCCACCCUCCUCGUAUACCACUUUCGGCUCAUCCAUCACAGGACCUCAUAUCCAACUUUGGAGCGACCACUAUUCCCCAUCUCUCCACUAUUCACAUCCAGCUUCAGUAUCACUUCAAGCUUUAGAGGUCACUUACCCACAUACCCAAGACGAUGAAGAUGUCAACGGAUAUCACGGGGAAGACCCAGACGAUAUUUUACUCAUCGAUAUGGAAGAAGAGCAAUCUCAACAUCAAGAUGAGCUAGUGAUGACGCCCGAUACUUCCACCACCCAUAGAUAUCCUUUUUCCAUUACCACUGCUCUACACUCACCAGUGCGAGCACCUCUCGACGAGGGUGCUCUGGAAUUUGAGAGAUUAAUGGCGAGAUAUGAGGGUAAAAGGAAGUAUGAAAUUCUUGCGGAGGGUGGGGGAGCCAAAGAUAAUCAAAGUGUAGGAAACAGUCAGAUUUCCACUACCUCCAGUAAAUCGCAGAGGGAAGUGGAAGAUUUGAUCGACGAAGAAGACGAAAGGAGAACGAAGACCCUCGGCUUCCUCGGAUCUAUAGUCACCAAUUUCCUGAGCCAACUCCACACUUCCCAGAUACUCAUGGCGGCUCGAAAAGAAGCAAGACUUAAGAAGAGUCCAAGGAAGAAGAAGCGAUAUCUUCAAGAACAAGAAAGCCAGGAAGACGAAGAGGAACUGUUAAUCAUGGAAGAUGAUCCUGACGAGGAAGGAUUGGAAGAUGGAUCUCAAAGCUGGAUUCAGACUGAACCCGGUGUAACGAUGAGGCUCAAGAAUAGAAAGACUGGUCAACAUCAGGUUAUCUCUUUCCCGGAUCAUCCUCUUUCCAGCAUGGGUGGUCAAACUUCCAUGGAAAAGAUUAAUUGUAUCCUCCGUGUCGUGACGGUACUAUACGAAGCCGUGUGCAGUAGGACGGUCGUGACACUGAGAGACAUCUAUUAUCGUGACAAGGCGUUGUUUAGAAGACAGGAUGUGGUUGAUAAGCUGGUCGACGAUAUCGUAGCUACGGCAGGGUUGAAAAGACGAGAUUUCUUCGUUUGCGCCUCUGCCAAGGGUUUGAUCGCAGCUACCUCUCUGAAGAUUAUACGUCGAACGGGUGAAGAGCUGGGUCUCUCCUCUACCAUCGCUACACUUAUCGAUCCUAUCGAACGAAUUGCUCGUUUGGACUCUGCAAGACCAGUAGAAUGGGUGCUAGUGGUGGAAAAAGAUGCUGUGUUUCAAACGCUCUGCAGUGCUAAGUUGCUAGAGGAUGACAGAUUAGGUGCAGGGGUCAUGAUCACUGGCAAAGGUUUCCCCGAUUUGGCAACUCGUCAAAUCCUUCAACUAGUAUCUGAGACCUAUCCGCAUUCAAAAAUAUAUGCUCUGGUGGAUGCUGAUCCUCAUGGAAUAUCCAUUCUUUCGACCUAUACAUAUGGAUCGGGAAAUACGAAAUACUCAAAUGAUCAUCUGGAAUUGCCCUUGGGAGAUAGGAUCGAGUGGUUGGGAUUGAAAGCCACCGAUUUCAAGAAGUUGGGAAUUGGCUAUGACGAUUUAUUACCUCUAGAAAAAUCUGAUAUCUCACUGGCAAUGAGAAUGAUCAAAGAUCAGACUUUACCUGGCGAAUGGCAACGAGAAUUAUCCCAUAUGCUUCAUAUUAGCCGUAAAGCAGAGAUUGAGAUUAUCCUCGAAUCGAAUACCGAUCAAGGCUAUGCGGAUGGACGAGAUUUAUUGGAUGAUUUAUUCGAUUGUCAGCAACAACAUUAUGGCAUCAAGGAUAACGAUAACAUUGAGAUUGGGAAUAGGAAGGAGAAGAGGAAAUGUAAAUUUGUCGAAUAUAUCGUCGAAAGGAUCAUCUCGUUAAGAACAUGA